AUGCACUGGCCGUCCUCGUUGAAGAUCGACCAGGAUUAUCUGCUCAGUUCGGGCAGUUACAUCCAACGGUUGAAGAUGUAUCCCUAUUUUGAUUUUGCGCAUUAUGCAUUGGUAUGUUGUUUUUUCUUUGCUACGGCAUGUGAAGUUGUUAUAAUUAAUAAUUGUAAUUCAGAUGUGUUGCACAGUGCGGGAUGAUUUAGGACUCAAUGCGACGGGGUUUUCAAGACGCCAUCCCCUUAGUUGUUGGUUAUCAUCGAUGGUUGUUUGUUUUGCUGGCAAUUUCUUGGCAAACUUUCUCCUGGGAGAGCCGGUGGUUGCAACUUUCAAAAGACAUGAUGAUGUCCUUUUGGUAAGCACGUUUCGUUUGAUUUUUCAUAUUUAGAAUUGAAUGUAAACGGCUUUCUUUAGGCAACGAUUGUUUGGUAUCUCGUAUUUUAUUCGCCUUUUGAUAUUGUUUACAAAUUGACAAAGAUCAUGCCCAUCAAGAUCUUUUUAUGUAUUUUGAAAGAGACCCAAAGAACCUACAAGAUUCAUCAUGGAGUUGCCUAUGCUGCCAAGCUCUACCCGAACGCUUACAUUAUCCACGUUAUGAUCGGGACGGCUAAGGGAGCAGGUUCUGGAAUUAUUCGGCUUUUUGAACAAGCAAGUCUUUUUAAGAUUUAACAACGCUUUUUUACGAGAUAAUAACAAAAUCAUUUUUAGUUACUACGGGGAGUCUGGGUGCCAUCUCAAAGUGAGAUUCUGAGGCCGUCGUUUACUACUAAAGCUUGUGUCAUCGCUGCUGUCAUCUUCACCCUAGAUAAAAGCUCAAUCUACAUAAAUCUGCCACACGAAAUCACAUACCUCGGUCUAGUUCUAUUCUUUGUCUACUUCAAAUUGAGUGCUGUCCUUCUUCAUGUCAACGAUCCUCUGGCUCCUUUCGAGAAUCUGCUCUGUGCAAUUUUUAUGGGAGGAAUAUGGGAUGCACUCUCACGGUAAGGGUCUUUCAAAAUCAUGAUGUUUUUAGUUUGAGCUUGCACAAUUUUUAUUACAUUUUAGGGCCAUUGUUACUUCACGGGAACGAAAAUUCCAAACAGCGAAGGUGGAAAACGGAACAGUGCCAAAUGCGGACAAGAAAGACCAGUAA